UCCAGUAGAAUUGGAUCUUGGGUCGGACUCCGUACAUGGCAAGUCACCAGGAGGUGUGCCAUUAAAGCCAGUGGCAAAGACUGGUGGCAGCCGAGUGACCAGGCGACGAGAGCGCACGCAAGAUGAAGCUGCUUCUGCCUCUUCUCUUUGUUGCCAUCACUUGCAUGGAGUUUGCCCAAACCUUGCAGUGCUACUCCUGCCAUGAACCUACAGCCACUGAUAAGUGCACGAAGAUCCAGAACUGCAGUAAGAAUGAAACCAUGUGCAAGACAACCAUGUAUUCCCUGGAGGAGGUUUAUCCCUUUGUGGGAGUCUCAACCGUCACCAAGAUGUGCUCCUCCAUUUGCAUCCCAUCUGACGUGGACGGGAUUGGCAUGACGCGCCCCGUCUCCUGCUGUUACACUGACUUGUGCAACGCUGAUGGUGCAGCGAGUUUGGGGAUAAGCAUUGUGCCAGUUGGCAUGUUAGCAGGUUCCCUUUGCGUUCUCUUCUGGACUAGAUUGUGAUGAGCUGAGGAAGGUGCCUUUCAGCCAAAGAACCCAGUGAAGAAGAGAAUGAAGCCCAGCCCAGCUUUGCAUUUGGAUGCCUCACGGACUAUUUUCAACAGCUCCCACAAAUUGUGUUUAUAGUACCCACCCAUCUGCCAUGAGAGAAGCAAAGCUCAGGAAGUCCCAACACUAAUUUUUGGGUUGAUUCUUCAACAGCUCCCACAAAUACAACUCUAGAGUUUCUUUGAUGUGCUGAUCUGGUUGAUUUUGAACUAAA